AUGGCAUCUCAGUCGCUGAGCUCGUCGAGGGCGCAGUGGACGGCGAAGCAGAACAAGCUGUUCGAGCAGGCGCUGGCGGUGUACGACAGGGACACGCCGGACCGGUGGCACAACAUCGCGCGCGCCGUCGGGGGCAAGUCGGCGGACGAGGUCAAGCGCUACUACGAGCUGCUGGUGAAGGACGUGGAGCACAUCGAAGCCGGCAAGGCUGAGGCACCUGAAGAUCUAGGUGGCAAGCAUCAUGAGAACGACUGA